AUGGCUGACUACGCCCAGUACCACGCCCUCGGUCAGGGCGAGGUCAUUGAUCCGAACGAUCCCAAUCGAACCUCGCAGCCCAAUCCUCAGCAAUUCCAACCACCCAUCGCUCCCUCGCCUUACCAGCAACAAGCAUCACCAUAUGGUGCACCUCAAUAUCUCGGGGGUCAACAAGCUCCUCCUCCCAUGACUGGAUCACCUGCUCCAGUUCCAGGUUAUGGAUAUGCGCCCCCCUUAGCUCAGGGACCUCCAGGCCAAGCUGCGCCUCCACAAGAUGCUUCGCUGGCUGCUCAGAUGGGUGGGAUGAGCUUGGGAGAAGGACACAGCACAGCGAGGAAAAAGAAGAAGGACAGACAUGCCUACCAUACUGUCGAAGCUACCGGAUCUUCACAAGCCUUCAAUGGUAUGCCUGCAGCGGGAACUUCUGCUACACAAUUUCUCGACAGCGUUCCAGGUGGCCCUGGGUUCGGGGGCCAAUUCGGAAGUCCCCAGGGAACUCCCCAAAUGCAAAGUCAGAGUCAGUUUGGUGCACCAGCCUUCAGUCCUGGCCCUAUGGCUACUCAGCCCCCUGUCGGCGAGGGCAUCGAUGCGGCAUCCAUCUCGACCAGCGGGCCCAAAGGAGUAUCCUCCGAUGAUCUGCCCAGUGUACCGGCCUCGCGAGACGCUUUGCAACAGUACUACCUCAAAAACGUAUACCCGACAUUCGAACGACAUGUUCCGCCGCCAUCCACGGUUUCAUUUGUUGCCCAUGAUCAGGGUAACUCAUCCCCAAAGUACACUCGACUCACCAUGAACAAUAUCCCUUCAACCCAGGAUGCACUACAAGCCACGGGCCUGUCGCUUGGACUUCUUCUGCAGCCUCUGGCUCCUUUACAGGCUGGAGAGCCCGAUGUUCCAGUACUUGACUUUGGCGAACCCGGCCCCCCACGUUGCAGACGAUGCCGAGCUUACAUGAACCCCUUCAUGAUGUUCCGUUCAGGUGGAAACAAGUUCGUCUGUAACCUCUGCUCAUACCCGAACGAAACCCCUGCUGAAUAUUUCGCCGCGACCAACCCACAAGGCGUUCGAGUCGACCGUGAUAGUCGCCCUGAGCUGUGCCGCGGUACUGUGGAGUUUGUGGUGCCUAAGGAGUACUGGACCAGGGAGCCAGUUGGCCUACGAUGGUUGUUCCUCAUCGAUGUGACCCAAGAAUCUUACAACAAGGGUUAUGUCGAGGCGUUUUGCGAGGGUAUCCGUGUCGCUCUAUAUGGUGGCGAGGACCAAGAAUUGGACGACAAUGGAGAACCGAAACGUAGAAUACCAGAAGGUGCCAAGGUUGGCUUUGUCACUUAUGACAAGGACAUUCACUUCUACAAUGUCAAUCCUGCCCUCGAUCAAGCUCAAAUGAUGAUCAUGCCCGAUCUUGAGGACCCCUUUGUACCCCUGAGCGAGGGACUCUUUGUUGACCCAUACGAGUCCAAGGAUGUGAUCACAUCUCUGUUGACUAGACUGCCAGACAUGUUCUCAACCAUCAAGAACCCUGAACCCGCUCUUUUGGCUGCCCUGAACUCGGCACUUUCUGCGCUUGAGGCGACAGGAGGCAAGGUUGUGGCAUCAUGCUCUGCCCUACCAACCUGGGGCCCUGGCCGCCUGUUUCUGCGUGAUAAUGGCAACCAACCUGGAGGCGAAAUAGAUAAGAAGCUCUACACAACCGAGCAUCCAGCUUGGAAGAAGGUCGCUGAGAAAAUGGCAGCCUCAGGAGUAGGUGUCGAUUUCUUCCUCGCUGCUCCAUCGGGCGGCUACCUCGAUAUUGCCACCAUCGGCCACGUUGCUGCAACUACCGGCGGAGAAACAUUUUACUACCCCAACUUCAUCGCCGGGAGGGACAGCCGAAAACUGUCGCUUGAGAUUUCCCAUGCUGUGACCCGUGAAACUGGCUUCCAGGCUCUCAUGAAAGUUCGAUGCUCUAACGGACUUCAAGUUGCUGGCUACCAUGGCAACUUUAUCCAGCACACGUUCGGUGCUGAUUUGGAGAUCGGUGUUAUUGACGCUGACAAGGCGAUGGGUGUCACGUUCAGUUACGAUGGAAAGCUGGAUUCCAAGCUGGAUGCUCACUUUCAGUCUGCCCUCCUUUAUACCACAGCUUCUGGCGAACGCCGUGUGCGGUGCUCCAACAUUAUUGCUAGCGUCACCGAGACAUCUAAGGAAUCAGGUGUGCGUGAGCAAGGCAUUCGUGAGUGCCUCAAGUUUGUUGACCAAGACGCCGUAAUCGGUAUGCUGGCCAAGGAGGCUAGCACGAAGCUGGCGACAACGUCAAGUAACCUCAAGGAUAUUCGCCACUGGCUGAGCGAGAAGGCUAUUGAUGUUCUUGCUUGCUAUAGAAAGCAUGCCUCUCAGCAACAUCCACCAGGACAGCUUGUCAUGCCCGAGCGACUCAAAGAGUACUGCAUGUAUCUUCUCGGUCUUAUCAAAUGUCGAGCUCUCAAGGGUGGUAUUGAGAACUCCGACCGCAGAGUGCACGAAAUGCGAAUGCUUCGUUCUAUGGGAGGUCUUGAGCUGAGCUUGUAUCUGUACCCCCGUAUGAUUCCUGUUCAUAAUCUGGCACCCGAAGAAGGUUUCGCCGACCCUGAGACAGGCCAUCUGAAGAUGCCACCCGCAAUUCGCACGUCAUUCUCUCGAGUGGAACCCGGCGGUGUGUAUCUUGUGGACAAUGGCCAGCAAUGUCUACUUUGGUUCCACUCCCAAACAUCCCCUAACCUUAUCUCUGAUCUAUUCGGUGAGGACAAGGACUCUCUCAAGAGCUUGGAUCCGUAUACAUCGGCUCUACCACAGCUUGAGACACACCUGAAUGCUCAAGUCCGCAACAUCAUUGAGUUUCUUCGCACAAUGCGAGGUUCCAAGGGUCUUACGAUCCAGCUUGCCAGACAAGGCAUUGAUGGUGCUGAAUUUGACUUUGCCCGCAUGCUUGUGGAGGACAGAAAUAAUGAGGCUCAGAGUUACGUGGACUGGCUGGUUCAUAUUCACAAGGGUGUUCAAUUGGAGUUGAGCGGACAGCGUAAGAAGGAUGGUGACGAGGCCUCCUCAGCAGCCUUGUCCAACUUUGCAGGCUUGAGACCAUCCUAUUGGUAG